UUCUGUAUUCCGACGGAUUUCUAUUUCGUUCGAAAGUGAUAUUUCGAUCGUUUUCGAAUUUACCAUUCCCUAUUCCAAUCGUUUUGCUCGUUUCGAACGAAAGUGUUAGAAAAUUUCGAAUAUGCAUCGAUCUGUCAAAAACCGAUAAACAAAAAGAAACACCGUAUUAAAUAGCGGCGAGUGCGAGUUGAAUUUCAGUUAAUUUUUGAUCCUAAGAGAAAUUUGUGAGAAAAUUUUCUCGUUCAAUGGAUUCCGUUUUGUUACCGAUUUUGGCGGAGCAAGAAGAAAUUGGAAUGCCUUGCUACCAUCGGCGAAACCACCGAAAAUCAACCGACUUCAUGAAACUUUCUGAUGAAGCAUUCAUCAAAAGUUUUCGUCUAAGUAAGGAAGCUUUUCGGUACGUUUUAGAGGAAAUUGAGAACUGCCUUACCACAAGGAAAGGUGGUCUAUCCACGGAGGUGAAACUCGCAGCAUGUUUGCGAUUCUUUGCUGAAGGAAAUUAUCAACAUGGAGCAGGGCAAGAUUAUCACAUUGCCAUAGCACAGCCCACAUUUUCCAAGGUGCUGACUGAAAUGCUUAACAUUCUGGAGCGGACACUGUGUAAGAAAUGGAUUUCCCUAAAUAUGACGGAAGACGAACAGCGGCGUGCUAAACUACACUUCUAUCAGAAAACAUCAAUUCCGGGUGUUAUUAUGUGUUUGGAUGGAACCCACGUAAAAAUUAUUCCACCUAAGCUGAAUCGAAAUUUGUUUUUUAAUCGGAAGGGAUUUUAUAGUCUCAACGUUCUGAUUGUUUGUGACGAUCAGCAAAGGAUUCGUUUCGUUGAUCCUACCUUCCAGGGAUCUAAUCAUGACUCUCAUAUAUGGCGUGUAAGCCCUGCAAGAACUCACUUUGAGCAGCUUCACCAAAAUGGUGAAGUUAAUACUAAGAUUCUAGGUGAUGCUGGUUAUCCAUCGGAACCUUGGUUAGUAACGCCAUUCAGAGCAGCGGAGGAAGGGAGUUUGGAGAGCGAUUUUAAUCGCAGGCAUGCCUUGGGUCGUGCUAUCGUCGAGCGGACAAUCGGUUUACUAAAAAAUCGGUUUAGAUGCAUCCUUGGCGCGAGACAACUUCACUACAAUCCUACUAAAUGCGCUCAAAUUAUAAAUGUAUGCUGUGCACUUCACAAUAUAUGCUUAGAAUUUGGUCGUUCUCAGUAGUUAUAAUAUGUUAUGCAGCUGUUUACAUAAUAAACUUUUGUUUAAAUUAAUAUUUAUGACUGUUAAAUUUCAUCUAACUUGUUUGCAAAUGCUCAAAUAAAUAACAACCACCGGAAAAGGAAGUGUCUUCCUUACUUAACUAUGGUUUCGGCAGAAUUAUUUACUCUUAUUCCUGCCAACACUUUGAGAACAUGUCAUUAUCGAUUUCUCGUAAGCAGGCCAAGUAUUCAAAUAACCAUUAUUAAUACUUUUUGCGUUGUUUUAACCCCUUGCUGUACGAUUUAAUUUCCAACAGCACGGCCCAAAACGAGCACUUCGAGUCGUUCCGCUACUCUGCUGAGUGUGGGUAUCUAACAUGGGUGCCCUAUGAUGAGCAAAUACAUGUUGUGUUUAAAAUAAAAACGAAGGAGUUAUUACUACGUACUAACUCGUUCGUUUUUAUUUUAAUUAUAAUAUUCAAAUUAUAUUUUAUAUUUUUAGCUCAUUCAAUUUUUUUUUUAAAUAACGGAAAUUUGAUAAUCUUCAGUUGUCGGUAUCCUCAUCAUAUGCCUGAAGCUAUGUAAUUAUUUCACAUCGAGAAACAACGAGUGAAGUUCAAUGUUGUACGUGAAGGGGUUAAGGAAGUUCCAUAAA